UGACGUAUUUGCGAUGCUAUCGUCACGGAAUUACAAUAUUUUCGUGUAGUUACGUAUAAAACCAGAACGUGAUCGACAAUUUCAUUCAGUCCGUGUAAGAGCGUCGUAGAGUGAACUAACAUUCAGUUAUUAAGAAUGAGAGCGUUGUUGAUCGUUUUGAUUAGUGCUAUACCUUUUGUUGUGGGCGCGCAUGAGGAGGAGGAUAGGGGUCGAUUCUACGUAAAAUCUGAUCCAAUUUCUAUACUGAGACUUGUGAGAGCACAACCGAGAUCUGCGUACACGAAUCCAGGUUUCCCAGUUGAUAACCCACCGAAAAAGGUAGUUUUGUCAAAUGGUGACAAUACGAUAAUACCCUUAAUCUCAAAAUAUGGUGAAUUCGAUCCGAAUGGUCCGGUUUGGACCGACAAAAGUGACAUCCCAAGUCAACGAGUGAUAUCGCCGAAAUUGUUUCAAGAAAUGAAAAACGAAGUGAUGCCACAGGAACCCAUUGCAAAAGCGCCAGUGUCUGAAGGAAAAGGGAUACCAAAUAGUUGCGUUUGGGCAAUUAUAUCGUGCUGUUCGGCCGCGACAAAUAAUGUGAAUUACAAUUGCUUUGAACAAUUAGGGUGCGUCGGGUCAUUUUGGGGCAGUAGUCCUUGUGACAGUGACUUUGCGCAUGCAGCUAUUUCAAAUGCAAUGAACUACUAUCAAGCGGUGUAGUUUAAUAAUCAACGCCAAUGAUAACCUAUUGUUCUGUUUUUGAGAACGAAAACUAAUUGGUGCUGAAACUGAGGCUGUAAAUAUCAUGUCAAGGAAGUGAUAAAGAAGAUCAUGUUUUACCGAAAUGCGAUCUAUUAAGUUAUUGAUUUGUGAUAUGUAUUUAAUAGCCGUAGGCAAAACUUUGUUUAUAAAUUAUUAUAAAAGGAAAGACCAAAAGUUGGCAUUGAUGAUUUAAAAAUGUUAAGUAAAGGUCACUGUUAAAUUUACAUAUUUUAACACAAACCAGAAUAUUAACUUCCUUUUUUAACAGGCCAACGGAAAUUCCAAGGAAAAAUGCGUUUUCCGAUAAACCGUAAAAAUGGACGCAUUUUUCUGCAAUUUAAAAAUUAAAAAUCAAUAAAUUUCUA